AUGAUGCUGAGGGCGCGGGGGGCGGCGGGAGCGCUGCUCCGCCUCGCCGGCGCUGGAGCUGGCGUCCAGAGCGGCGGGGUCCCUCCAAUAGCGCGCGCGGCUUUCGCUCGCGGCUUCCUGGAUUUCCGCAAGACGGGGAACAAGGAGGCCAUGGAGAAGGAGAAGGAGAAGAAGAAGGCCAGGCUUACCGAUGAAAUGAGUAGAGGCUACUUCGCAGACAUUGCCGAGAUCCGCAAGAAUGCUGGCAAGAUUGCGAUGGCGAGUAAGGUCGUCAUCCCAGAGGCAGAUGCUGUGACGUUUCCUCAUCUUGCUGUGGAUUCCCCUGCUGGAGGGGCGCUGCAUCUGCCUCUUGUUGCGUCUGCUCUGCAAGACAAUGAUGGUGAGGCUGGAGACCAUGUGAUUCCUAGUGCUUCAUUGGUGUGCCUUUCCUUCCGUGCAAGCUCGCUGAAAAUGGCAGAGUCAUGGAGUUUACCUUUCCUGGAUGCAUUCGGUGCUGCCAAGAACAUGCAUGUUUAUGAGGUCUCAUUUAUAGAUUCUUGGCUAUUAUCAUUGAGUCCUGUGAGACGAGCAUUUCUCAAGGUGAUGAGGAAAUCUAACAAUCCACAGAGACAUGUUGUCUAUGCUUUCGGGGACCAUUAUGACUUCCGGAAGAAGCUUCAAAUUAUAAACCUUCUCACUGGAUACAUAUACCUGGUUGAUAGCCUGGGAAGAAUAAGAUGGCAAGGGUUUGGAUCUGCAACACAAGAAGAGCUGUCGUCACUUACAGCGUGUACCUCCAUUUUGUUAGAUGAAAAAUGA